AUGUCUGAACUUGGUGAAGAUUUAGAGAAGUUGAAACGUGAAAAACGUUGCCUACUCCAUUCGAUGCGGUCUGAUAAAGCGACGAUUAUUUCAUUACUAGAGCAAACGGUAUCUAAUGAUGUAAUCAACGCGAUUUGGGCGAAUUUGGAGUCUUGGUCAAGCUGUAUCGAAACGUUGCAGAAAGUAGACGAUGCAUUGAUGGAAUUUAUCGAUUAUUCGAAAGGUAAUGGCGAUAAGGAAGAAGAGAAGAUCUUGAAAGAUUAUAACGAUUUUCGUAAAGAUUUGAUACUUUAUAAAGGUAAAUUUAAAACAGUUAAAGAUACCUUGACACCGGUAGAAUCGCCAAGACGAGGUAGAGCUUCGAUGAUGAAUUCUACGUUUUUUAAAGCGCAAUUGACCAAUCCUGUCAUAAGAUUGCAAGACAUUCCCGUGCCUGAUUUCGACGGUACAAUUGAAAGUUAUCCAGAUUGGUUCGCUGAAUUCGAAAAUAUCGUUGAUAAAAACGAAGAUUUGAAUGAUUUCCAAAAGAUGUAUCUGUUGCGUCGAUGUCUUACUGGUAAGGCGAAAAAGUACCUGAUCGAUUUUGGUACAAAGGGUGAAUAUUAUUUGACGGCGAUGGAAUUUAUUCACAAAAAGUUCAACAAUCGGCGUCGUAUUAUUGCGGAACAUUUUCAUCAGCUGUAUCAUUUGCCUGUAAUGAAAAGCUCAAAUAUGCGAGAUACGCUCGAUGACGUUCAACGAAUUAUUCGUGGUUUGAAUGUAUGCGGGAUUCAGACUCAAGCUUUUUCCCCAUUUAUAACGUAUAUUGUGUCGCUGAAAAUUCCUGAGAAGCUUCGGAUUGAGUGGGAAAGCUCUCAACACGAUUUUUCCUGUUACCCUCCGUUCGAAACAAUGUACUCGUUUUUGAUCGAUAAGUGUUUUGCAUAUGAAACUGGUCCCAAUCGAGACAAGGAGAAAGAUUCGUCGAAUGAAUCUAAGGUUGCUACUGGUUCGUCGGUCAAAGGAAAACAGUCAGGUUCGAAACCAUCGUCAGUUCCGGAAAAGAAGUCGUUUGCUGGUACUAAGGGUCAAGGACCACCGCCAAAAACGUCGAGUUCUCCGCCAUCGUCGUUUCCGCCAAUCGUCUGUGUUGGAUGCGGCGAGCAACAUUAUCUCGAUAUGUGUAAGUCAUUUUUGAACAAAUCGAUCAACGAUCGUUUCGACUUUGUAAAAAGUAAUCGUUUAUGUUUACGGUGCCUUAAAACAGGCCAUAAUGUCGCUAUGUGUAAUCGUAAUAUCAAAUGUAAUUUGUGUAGCGGUAAUCAUCAUAGAUUGUUGCAUAGGGAAACGGUUCGUUCAAAUGUUCGAAAUGAAGGAGCUGGUAUGGAUGGUUCUGGUAAUGGUACGAGUACUGGUAAUGCGAGUGGAUCUACCGGCAGUGCUAAUAGUGGUACGAGUGGACAGAGUAAUAGCGGUUCGACUGCUACGUCUAGUUUAGGUAGCGUUUGUGCCUUAGGUUCGUCAAAGUCAGUAUUUUUAGCCACAGCGGUAGUGAAAGUGCAAGGAGUAAAUUGUACCGAAAUGGGUAGAAUUUUUCUAGAUCAAGGGUCAGAAAUGACGUUAAUUACGCGUGAGUUCUGUGAACGAGCUAAAUUGAAAAUGGAAAGAAGUGAAUCACCUACGAUGUUAGUUGGUAUUACGAAUGAUACGGUUCAACUCAACUAUUGUGUUUCUUGUGUAUUGCGUUCACGGUAUUCGAAUUUUAGUAUUGCGAUUAAGGCCGAAGUUGUUGAAAAAAUUCCCUAUGCGGUAAAUAAGUCGAAUGUGAAAAGCGUGAUUGAGGGUUUUUCGUUGCAAUUCGGAGAAUCGACAGAUCUUCCUUACAGUUCGGUUGAUAUUUUAUUAGGCAGCGAGUACGCUGAGUUUGUUUUGAAGGAUAAACGUCAUUUUGUUGAUGGUUUAGUUUUCAGAGAAUCGUAUUUUGGAUAUGUGAUUUCGGGAUCUGCUGAAAGGUGUUCGUUUUUCGGUCAAAAAUUGUCUUUUUGCGGUAUGUCGAAUUUAGAGCUUUCUGAGCAGUUUCGCAAGUUCGUUGAAGUGGAAGAGAUCCCUGAUCCAAAAAAGGAAAAGAUUGUAGAGCAUGAAUUGAUCGAUAAACAUUUCGAAAGUACCUACUCGAUUGAUCAAGAAACCGGUAAAUUUGUUGUUAGAUUGCCCUUGAAGGAAAGUGUUAAAGUUUUGAAUGGAUCGUUCGGUAAAGUGUGUGCGAUGUUGAAAAAAUCGGAGAUUCGUCGAUCUGACGUUGUACAGAAGGCGUAUGAAACGAUUUUUGAUGAAUAUUUAUCAUUGAAGCAUAUGACGAAAUUGAGCGGUGAGCCUGAUUUGAAAGCUUACUACAUGCCACACCAUGUUGUAUCGAAAGGGGAAGACUCUCAUCGGAUUGUUUUUAACGCAUCGUUUACGGAUAAUUCAGGUACUUCGUUGAAUUCUCAUUUUUUGGUAGGUCCGAAAGUUCAACCGGAUUUGGCGCGUAUUGUUUUCCGAUUCAAUUUUAAUGAUGAAAUAGAAGUGUUCGAGCUGAAUACUUUGGCGAAUGGUAUAGGACCAGCGUCGUAUAUCGCGCCAAAGUGUUUAGAAAAGGUCGCAUCGUUUAUUAAGGAUUCGGAUAAAAUGGUUAGCGAUAUUAUUAUGCGAGAUUUUUAUAUGGAUAAUUUGGCUACUGGUACAGAUUCGGUUGAGGGUGCUAUCGUUAUUAGUCGUCGAGUUCAUGAAGUUUUAAUGAAGUACGGUUUUCCACUUCGGAAAUAUCAGUCGAAUUCGCCUGAAUUUUUAGCUAAAAUUUCGAGUGAAUUAAUCGAUACUGUGAAAGUUUGUAAUGGUAAGAAAUUUGUUACGUUAUUGGGUUUAUUGUGGUAUUUAGAUCUUGAUGAAAUUGGUGUCGAUAUUCGUGAGGAGGUGCUACCUUCCAUUGUGACAAAAAGAGUAAUGUUGUCCAUAAUUUCUAAAACGUUCGAUAUUUUGGGAAUUCUAACACCGGUUAUGAUUCGUGCUAAGCUUUUGCUCCAAGACCUGUGGAAAGAAGGUAGACUCUGGGAUGAAGAAAUUUCUGUUGAAUUGAAGGAAGAGUUCGCUCAAUUUUUAUCUGAUCUAUUGCUUUUACGUUCGUACUCGAUACCUAGAUGUUAUUUUCGUAAUUGUGCAAUUGUGAAGGUACAAUUGAUAGGAUAUUGUGACGCGUCGGUAAGAGCUGCGUGUGCCGUUGUUUAUGUACGAUCAAUCGAUCCCGAAGGUAUUAUUAGGGUCAAUUUUGUCUGUUCGAAAUCCAGAUUAGCGCCUCCCAAGGGAGCAGUUAUUCACCGAAUGGAGUUAAUUGCAGCAGUUUUAUUGGCCAAAUUGAUUAAAUUUGUGGUUCUGAGUUGGAUUAAAAUUGAUCCGGUAAAAUUGAAGCAAUUUGUUUCUAACCGAGUGUCAGUUAUUAAAUCGUUAGUUGAUAAAAGUCGUUGGUUUUAUGUUGAAGGUUUGAAAAAUCCUGCAGAUUUGGGAACACGUGGUAUAACGGCAUCAAAGUUUUUGUCAUCGGAAUUUUCGAUUGUUGCGUGGUGGAUACGGUAUGUGAGAAUUUUAAGAGAAAGAUGUUCGAGACGGAAAUUAGGAGUGUGGAAUAAAAGUUUGCCAUCGAACGAUGUUGAAAGGAAAGAAGCGAUGAAAAAAUUAGACAGGUUGACGAAUGAAGAAAGAGAUGCGGCCUAUACGCAAAUAAUUCGAGUAACACAGUACGCUGGUUUUAUGCAAGAGCAAGAAUCGUUGUUGAAAGGUAAACCGGUAGAGAAGAAAAGUGCGUUGAACGUUUUGAAUUGUAGUAAAUUUUCGAAAUUCUUACACGAAAAUAGAAUCGAAUGGAAAACCAUCGCGCCUCGAAGUCCGCAUCAAGGUGGUAUUUGGGAGGCGGCGGUGAAAGCGGGUAAAGCUUCGUUGUAUCGUGCUAUAGGUAAUCAAAGGUUGACGUUAUUGGAGUUGCAUACCGUUUCUACGAAGGUAGAGGCUAUUUUAAAUGCGCGUCCUUUAGCGUAUCGUCGUAAUAAUUCGUUUGUUGAACCGAUUACCCCCGGUCAUUUUCUGAUUGGUAGCGCAAUAAUCGUGAAUUCCUUUUGGAAUACGUGGAAACACGAUUAUUUUAAUCAGUUGAGGAAUCGGACUAAGUGGAAAGGCGAAAUACGGAAUUUGAGAGUCGGUGAAGUUGUUAUUGUGUCUGUGAAAAACCAAAGUUACUUUUCUUGGCCUUUGGCUAUUAUCGAAGAGGUUUUUCCUGAUGAUAGAGGUUUAGUGCGGAAUGUGAAUAUUCGUUUAGCGGAUGGCGAAAUUCGUCGCUCUUCCGUUCAAAAUCUAGUAGCUCUACCAAUAGAAAACAAGGAAUGA